AGAGCUCUGCAUCCAUGGCGGAGAUCUUAGCUGGAUUGCUCACUUCCGCCGUCGUCGGCAUCGCAAAAGAUAGGCUGGCCGCCGCCAUCGCGGAGCAGGCCAAUUUGCUUUGGAACUUUGGCGACGACCUGAAGGACAUGAACUCGGUGCUGGAGGCCAUCUCAGCGGUGCUCCACGAUGCCGAGAGGCGGUCGGCCAAGGAGAAGUUGGUGCAGCUGUGGCUCAAGCGGCUCAAGCAUGCUGCCUUAGACAUCACCGACAUGCUCGAAGACUACCAAGACACUAGCGAUCGGCUAACUGCAAAGAAGCCAGCAGUGCUUUCAUGUCUACCAGUUGCACACAAGAAGAUUGUCGUGGCUAAUAGGAUGAAGAGUAUGAGAGAAGUGCUGAGGAAAAUCAACAAGGACUUUCGGGAUUUUGAAUUCUCAAACGGUGGCACUUGCACAUCUCUUGAGCAACAUGAUGACCAUCGUGAAACAUCAUCACGUUUGCCUGAAGAACCAAUAAUUGGGAGGAAUAGAGAAAAGCAGGAAAUCAUAAACCUCUUAUCCGCAGGUACCAACAAUGAUGAGACUGUGAUUGUUUCUAUCCAUGGCCUCGGAGGUAUGGGCAAGAGUACUUUGGCACAACUAAUUUAUAAUGAUGCGCAAUUCAAGAAGUAUGACCAUCGUAUAUGGGUUUAUGUGUCCCGGGAUUUCAAUCUAAAGAAAAUAGGAAACUCUAUAAUUUCUCUAAUAACAAUAGAAGCAGGCCAGCAGAAUAGGGAUACACUGGAAGCCAUAAAUCAGUUGGUAGAUAACCUACUCCGUGGCAAGAAGGUUCUUAUUGUUUUAGAUGACUUAUGGGAGGAAAAAGACACUGAGUUGGGGAAACUGAGGAGUAUGCUUCAGGUGGGCAAGAAGGGCACUACCAUAGAUGUCAUAGUAACCACGCGCAAGGAAGACAUUGCAAGGAAAGUUUCCACAUGUACACCAUACAAGCUGGAGCAUUUGAACGAUUAUACAUGCUGGGAAAUAAUUAAGAGAUAUAGCAGAUUUGAAGAUCAACAUUACCAAGAAAGAUUAGAGAAGAUAGGAUUGGACAUUGCAAAGAAAUGUGGAGGUGUGGCAUUAGCAGCUCAAGCACUUGGGUACAUGCUACAGUCCAAAGACCUGUCCGGAUGGACUGAAAUAAACAACAGUGAUAUCUGGAAUGAAUCCUUUGAAGAUAAUGGUGGUGUGCUACCGUCCUUGAAGUUAAGUUAUGAAAGGAUGCAACCACAGCUAAGGAUAUGCUUUUCUUAUUGUGCCAUAUUCCCAAAAGGCCAUAAUAUUGCUGAAGAUGAUUUGAUUCACCAAUGGAUUGCUCUUGGUUUUAUCAAGCCAUCGAAGGGGAAGGAAUGCACCAGGCAACUUUUGGGCAUGUCCUUCCUUCAAGUUUCAAAGUUGCCCAAGACUUCGCGAGAUCGUAUGGAGCGGUACACUAUGCACGACCUGGUGCAUGAUCUAGCGACAUUGGUCAUGGGUGAUGAGUUAAUUGUUUCUAAUGGUGCGUCGAAGAAUAAUAAAGCAUAUAGCCAAAAAUAUUGUCGCUAUGCAUCAGUUACCAAAUAUGACCAGGCAACAAGGUUAUCCAAUGUUUUACCCUCAAAGGUGAGGGCACUUCAUUUCUCAGAUAAUGGCAAGCUGGAUCUCUCUUGUGGGGUAUUUUCGUUUGCAAAGUGGUUGCGUAUUUUGGAUUUUAGUGGAUGCUCUGGUAUACUGUUGCCAGCCUCUAUUGGGCAACUGAAGCAGCUGAAGUACCUUACUGCUCCAGGAAUACAAAAUGAAGUUCUCCUAGAGUUUACGACUGAGCUACAAAAACUGCAGUACCUGAACCUAAAUGGAUCUUCUCACAUUUCUGAACUACCAGAAUCAAUGGGCAAGCUUGGGUCACUGAGAUAUCUGGGUUUGUCAGGUUGUUCAGGCAUAUCAAAACUGCCAGGAUCAUUUGGUGAUUUAAACUGUAUGAUGCAUCUUGUCAUGUCAGGUUGUUCUGAGAUACGUGAACUACCAAAUUCACUUGGUAAUCUUACAAAUUUGCAUCAUCUUGAUUUAUCUGAAUGUUCCAGUCUCAAGGCAAUACCUGAAUCUUUGUGUGGCCUCAUGCAUCUCCAGUAUUUGAACUUAUCAUUUUGUCAUUGUAUCACAUGGCUACCAGAAGAUAUAGGUAGCCUGGUCAAUCUACAGUAUUUAAACAUGUCACAUUGUGGUGUCAGGGAAUUUCCAGAGUCAUUUAAGAGGCUUCGUAAUUUAUUGCAUCUACAUUUGAGAUUCUGCUCUAUUGAGAAAGGCUUAGCGGCAGCUCUGCAUGGCCUCACCGCAUUACAAUAUCUGGAUAUGUCAAACGUGAGCUGCACGGAUAAUUUUGAGAAGGAAGAUCUGCCUCUGCCUGUAGCUAUGAGAAACCUCACCAGUCUUAAGGUUUUGAAAUUGGAUGGUAUCAGUCCUACGAAUGUUAAUUUCAUCGGUACCCUUACCAAUCUUGAGCAUCUGGACCUAUCGUUCAGUGGAUUUGAGUAUCUACCAGAAAGUAUUGGUAAUCUCAAAAGGCUGCAUACACUAAAUCUCAAGUAUUGCUGGAAGCUCGAGUCCCUCCCAGAGAGUAUAGGUUGUGCAACUGGGUUGAAGUCUAUAGUGCUGGAUGGGUGCUCACACAAAUUGAUGGAUCAGGCCAGUUCACUAUUGUGCUAUUCACUAACAUUACCACUCUUUAAGGUUCGUGCUGAUGACGUCAGUGCUCAUAGCAAUCUGCAUGUGCUCGAGGGUGAAAAUGUCGUCAGUGAGUUACAUAUAGUUUCCCUUGAAAACGUAAGACUUCUGGAGGAAGCACAGAAACUUAAGCUGUCUACCAAACAUAGUCUUUUGACUUUGAAGCUGGUUUGGACCUUGGAUGCUGAUCGACAUCUGGAGGACAAGGAUUUGUUGGGACAACUAGUGCCACCAAUGAGCCUGAAGAUCUUGAGUCUACAAGGUUAUAGCAGUCCGGGCUUUCCUGGCUGGCUCAUGGCCAUUUCUCUUCAUCUCCCGAAUCUCACUCGUAUUCAAUUUUAUGAUCUGCCUACAUGUAGCAACCUACCACCACUUGGACAGUUACCGUACCUAGAGAGCCUGCAUCUCUAUAAGUUACCCAAUGUUUCAAAAAUUGACGGGGGUAUUUGCGGUGGAAAAGGAGCGUUCCCCCGAUUAGCAAUGUUCAUAGUGCAGGAGAUGGAUGGUUUGGAGGAGUGGAAUACAACAUGCCCUGGCGAAGAUGGUGUGGAGGAGUUCAUGCUCCCUAUGCUAGAUGUACUCGACGUAUCUUAUUGUCCAAAGUUGAGGUUGAAACCAUGCCCACCCAAAUGCCGUGAGUUCAUGAUAUCAAGAAGCGACCAAGUUAUAUCUUCACUGGAGGAGGUAGAAACCAGCAGCCAUCGCUGCAACUCUACUCCAACCACCACCAGCCUGUUUAUCAUAUGUGAGCACCACAGUUUCAGGCUGUUUCACCACUUCCCUGCCCUCCAGAAGUUGACUUUCUCCUCCUGUUCAAAUCUGACGAGCUUGCCGGAGGGCAUACAACAACUCUCCUCCCUUCAGUCACUUAAGUUGCAUCAUUGUGACAGCAUAUCAGCACUGCCAGAAUGGCUGAGCGACAUCUCCUCUCUCAAAAAGCUCACCAUCCGGGGCGCCUGUGGUAGAAUCAAGUCUUUGCCUGCAUGUAUACAACACCUCACCAACCUCAAGCAGUUACUUAUUGAGAACAACAGGGAACUGCAGCAAUGGUGCGAAUCAGAAGAGAACAUGGCCAAGCUCGCACACAUCAAAAUAGUUAAAAUGCUAAUCAGUCAUCCAUAGAGAUCUCAAAGCAAGCAACAUUCUCUUGGACCAUGAAAUGAACCCAAAAAUUUCAGAUUUUGGGCUCGCAAAAAUAUUUGGCAUAAAUGAUACUGAACGAAACACAAAGAGGAUUGUUGGGACAUAUGGUUAUAUGGCUCCAGAGUAUGCUUCAGAGGGCCUCUUCUCAGUCAAAUCUGAUGUAUUCAGCUUCGGUCAAAGAGCAUCAGGUUUCCACCGAUAUGGAGACUUCAUCAACCUUCUUGGGCACGCAUGGCAGUUGUGGAAAGAAGAAAGAUGGCUUCAGCUCGUGGAUGCAUCAAUUGCUGAGAAUCAGAAUCUAGGGAUGAUGAGAUGUAUUAUUAUCGCAUUGUUGUGUGUCCAAGAAAAUGCUGCUGAUCGACCCACCAUGUCAGAUGUGAUUGCCAUGCUAAGCAGUGAAAGCAUGACCUUGCCUGAGCCUAAGCACCCGGCAUAUUUCCAUGUAAAGUUGACAGAGGAUGAGGCGUCCACACUUGUCGAGCCUUGCAGCCUUAAUUAUGUCACAAUAUCUGGUGUUGAUGGCAGAUAGUUUCCAAAUUUCGUUAUAGAUCAUGUUAAAACUUUAGUAUUUUGUUCCACUCAAGGGCUUUUCCAGUCUUAACUCUGAAAUCGUUAAGAAUUUCAGCGUCACAGAGUAUCUCUGUGUCCCUUAAACGAAAUGGAGCAAAGCAUAUGCAUGAUUCUGUAGUUUCUCCUUUGUUCAUUUCAUUCAGAACAUGAUCUGAUCUGUAGACACUUGC